CCUUUUUAAGAGGCAAACAUAUGUAGUGGAAUUUCUUGCAACUAACAGCUUCCCAUAAUCAUUGUAGUGGAAAGUCAGUCUUUGAAAAGGAAGCUUAAACAAUUCUGCCAAAAACAUCACAACAAAGUUUUCCAAGUUUCCAAAAUAUGAUGGAAAAUAUCCCUCGGGGUCAGCAAGUUGAACUGCAAGCCCUUCCCAGGGCUGUGACCAGAAACACAGAAAGAUGGAUCCACUCCAGGAGAGGCUGCUGGGAUCCGAGGCAGCAGGGGAAGACGCCCCAGCGCGCUGCUGUGGCUUCUGGCGCGGCACUGUGGCAGAGCGGUGGCAGCUGCUCGGCAGUGCUGCCAUGGCCCCCGCACAGCUCAGCUCCUGGCUGCUCCUCUGUGUGUUUGCUGCAUCCCACAGGCUGACAGAUGCGCACCCUCACAGCGGCACCGGCACAGCCCGUCGCGGCCCAGAGGACGCUGCCAUCAUGUUAGAGAUGCUCUGGGGAAAGCUGGAUAUUCAGGCCAACGGGACAGUCCGGCUGCGGGAUGAAGAGCUGGCCUCCCUACGCCCGGCACGGCGGUUCCUGCAGAUUUUAGAGGAGGAAGUUCCCAAAACACCGGCAGAGAUCGAGCAGCAUCUGAGAUAUUAUUCACUGACUGACACUCUCUUGCCUCCGAGAGAGUUUGACCGUCUCGUUUUCACCAGUGUUUACAGUGCCUAUCAGGUUCGCUCCAUGCAGGGUCUGGAUAAAACCCCCUGGAUUGGCUUUUUCUCUCAGCUGGUUGAUGAAAUCUUUCGUGAUCUGUGCAAGGGGCUCUGCCCAGCAAAUACCACUCUCCUCCAGGCUUCCUGGCCUUGGAAGGAGAAGCCUUCACAUUUAGCAUCCCUGAAAGAUUUCUAUCGCUCUAACCUGGCCAGGACCAAGAGAGACACCUAAUGACGGAACCCACCAUAGGAAAGGACGCACCUGGCUUCAGCUGCAUCCUUACUUAUUUUCAAUGCUUUCCACAGUGUGCAGGACUUUGUAUAAAUAUGCCACACCUUCUUGUCCUGCUUUCUGCACUGUGCAGAAAACCCUCUCAGGAUUUAUGCACAAGCUUUUAUUUUUAAAUGAAAAAAGGACAAAACUGUAAAGUGCAUUUCUCCCUUUCCUGAUUUUUUUGCUAAGUGGGCUAUGCUGAAGGGGACAGUGCUAUUUAGAUGUCUUAUCCAUCUUGAUCACUGAUGCUUAGGAGAGAUGGCUUGGAAGUAUUUUUCCAGGAUAUUAUGCUGGUGUCAUAGCUGACUUUAUUUUAGAUAAUUCAGUUCACUCUCCUUAUAUUCUCCCUGUGGUUUCAGAGAAAUAAAAGAUCUUUUCUCCUCUCCAGUGCCAGCUAAGCAGGAUUUGUUGUGUUUCAUGAUAUAGGUCAAAUCUUUAAUUUCAUUUUUCUCCUCAUGUGGCAUCAUAUUUUAUGUAUCAACAGCAAUUUCCCAUGUCAUGUAUUCAUUUUUCUUUAAAAAGCAACCUGAAAAUGUAUGUAUUCUAUGAAGCUUUCUAAUAUUUGCAUAUCAUAUUUACACAUAUACACAGCUUUGUUUCAGUUAUUAUUUUGGAAUAUACUUCCUGAAAUCUCAUUUAAAUUCUGAAGGAUCCUGACCUAGUUAUUUCUUCAGCAGAUCUUGCCUCUAUUCUAUGAAGUUUUUCUUCUGUACAGCCAUGGCAUUUUACCAGCCAAACAUAAUAAAUACAUAAUCUCUAUCCUCAAAACCAGAAAUAUAAUUAUUUUAUAGAAAGACAUCAUUAACAUCUGUGUGGCAUAACACACUGUGGUGUGGAACUAAAUAAAUGUAAUUAUCUCCUCAGGAGGGUUUUGAUUUUGGUUCUUGUUGUUUCCACCAGACUUCCUGCUGCCACUAUAGGUAUAUCAAUUUUGAACAUUCAUUGCAUGUGCUUAGACGAUGGGAUCCAUAAUUUCCUAGCAAUAUAAUUUUUCCAUGUUCAACAAAAGAGGCAUGUGUGACCUUCAAAGUGAGCACUGCUAGCUUCUGACCUAGUUAAUCUUAUUCCAAGCCAUUGUAGCCCAACAGAUGGAGAGGAGAAAUGGUAAAGCAGGUACAAGAAGCCUGGAAGCAAGAUGCCACAGACAAUGGUUUUAGAGGUCAGCUUAGGGUUAUGACAGAAGGAGAUAGAUCGUUUGUUGCUGGAUUUUUGUUUUGUGUGUUUGUUUCAUUUUGGUUUGUGCUUUGGAAUUUUGUUUGUUUCUUUGUUUUUCACCCCCAAGGGUAUAGGAAUUAAAAUUAGAAUUUUAUUUGAAGUAAAACUUCUUGUCUCACCUAAUGUUCUAUUCUUAUGCUGUUUUUUUACAUACUUCCAAUCUUUACCCUUCACCCUUUUGGCAAAUACGCCCCCAGUCUGUAAUGUCUAGGACAUGUAUGGAGCGACAGAAGCACUGUGUGGUUGCAUUCAAGUCCAGUUUGAGCAGAGUAUCAUCAAAGAGCUGAGCUGAGAUGGCACUAGUGCAUGAAAAUACUGUCUUCUGGAGAAUAUACAGCCUGAGCCACAGGAAUAUAUGGAAAAAGGCUGAGUGGGUUGGCUUGUGACUCAGACGCCAACACGCUGCUUUGAACUCAGGAUUUUGUUAGGAGCAGUUUUAGAGUAUCGCUGCCUGUUGAACGGAUUAUAAAGUACACUGAAGUGAUGCCAUGAAGCUUUGUACAUGCUUAAGAUGAUGCACUUUUGCAGUUUAUGUAUUUUUGGGAUACAAACCAGGGUUUAGCUCAACUGAAACCGCACCUGUGGUGCUACGAUGAAGCCUCCUGUGCUCUCACUGCCUCCUCAGCGGAUCCCGCCGGGCGCCCAUCCGCCUGUUUGUCGGACUGGAGGAACACAGCAGCGUCCUCUACAGCCACGGCCGCCUCUCCACACGACAAACUCCCCGGAGAACUCGGCACGUACGGAGCCACUGGAACAUGGAUGCUGCAAACAUCACCUGGCGGCUCCUCUGACCCCGCCUGCAGGGGGCUGUCAGGGCAGCACCCCUGCGCUCACGGGGCUCGUUUGUGGGGAAGGUAACGCCCCUGCGGUCAGCAGUGCCACUGCCUGGCGUGCUACUACUCACACUCAGUGUUAUGUGCCUGCUCCUGAUCCAAAUCUUUGGAGAUUUAAGAAUGCAUUUCUUAUUCUUCUUACUUACCUUGCUUCUGGGCUUUCAGAGCACGGUCUAUUCACAGAUUUGGGCUCUUAUCUUUCACUACAAGAUGCCUGCUCUUUUGUUAAGUUUC